GGUUUUAGACACGCCGCAGACUGAAAAAGAAGCUAAAGACAAAAAUAUAGAACUUGUUCAAGCCGAACACAUAAAAGAAAAUAAGGAUGAACUAUCAACUCAGAAAAAAAGGUAACGCAACAAAGUAUGCAAGCACAACAAGAAAUAGAAGCUGUGAGUGAGGUAAAGGAAAUGUCAGAAAUUGAUGUUGUUAAUCAAGAAGAAAAACAAAAAUCAGAGCAAUUAGAAGAGAAUAUUCAACAAGUAGAGUUUGUUGAAGAAAUUUCCAAAAUAGAAACGAAAGAAGACUUGAAAGUAGAAGAAAAGAAAACUCUGCCUGAAGAAAAUAAUGUAGAGGUGAAGAGUGAAGAAAGUAAAGGGGAUGACACUAAACUUAAAGACGCAAGAGGAGUGACGAUUGAGGGGCAAGAAAUUGACAAGGCUGAGCUGGACAAAAAACAAGAGGAAAAAGAAGCAAAAUCGAAACAAAUAGAAGAAGCAAAGGAGGAUCUACUACAGAAACAGGAAGAAGAAAAAGAAGCUAAACUUAAGGCAAAACAAGAAAAGAAAGAAGCUAAGCUUAAAAAGAUACAAGAAGAUAAAGAAGCGAAGCUCAAAAAAGAACAGGAAGAACAAGAUGCUAAACUCAAACAGGAACAAGAAGACAAUGCGGCACAACUCAAGAAAGAGCAAGAUGCAAAGCUAAUUGCUGAAGAAGAAGAACAGAAGCAGGCCACACUGAAAGAACAAGAAACGGACUCAACAGCAAAGCAAGAUCAAAAUGAUGCUCUGUUUCCAGAAGAACAAAAAGACAACAAAGAUAGCCUUCACAUUGCGCAAGAAAAUAUAGAUGUUAAACUCGAACAGGAACAAGAGAGAGAAGAAAAGACUGAAUUACGAAACCUUCACGAAGAACCAGAGCAACUAGGGAGAUCAAUAAAACAGGAGCAACAAGAAUAUGCAGCUGAUCUUCACACGGAAGAGAAAAAAGAAUCAGCAGAGGUCAAACUCAAAAAUGAUUCCGAAGACAAGAUUAAAAAUGAACAAAAAGUAAGUGAAAUUACUGCACAGAAAGAAGAAGAGGAACAAAAAGAACCCAAAACACAAGAAGAGAAAACAGUGCAUGAAUUGACAAAAGCACAAGAAGAAAAAGAUUCUUUAGCUAAAGCAGAAAAUGAAACAAAAGCACCUGUCAAAAAAGACACGGAGGAACAAGAAACCGGGCUGAAACUAAAAGAAGAAGAAAGCGAGGCAGAACUCAAAAAAGAACAGAAAGAUAAAGCUGAAAUUGAACAAGAAACGAAUGAAGUGAUUGUUAAAAAGGAACAAGAGAAGCAAAAAGCCAAGCUUAAAGACAAGAAAGAACAAAGGAAACGGAAAUAAAAGUGCAAGAGGAAGAAGAUGC